UCUUAUUGCGUACAUCAUGAUGUGCAAUUAGUGUCGAGAACGGACACGCGGCAACACCGGCAGCCACAUCGACAUCUGUGUGGCAGUUGCAAUUGGCGAUCAGUUUUGCGUAAAUGAGUAGUGGAUGUAGUGAGUCGGCGUGGAGAAGUUUUUGUAAAAACUUUCUUUCUUGUCAUUACAGAAAAAAGGGGAUAAAAUUUUGAUACAAUGGUUUUGUUUACAAUAAUUGCUAGAUUGUCAGAUGGUCUGCCGUUGGCGGCCACUAUGCAGGAUAAUGAGCAGGAUGGUAGAAACAUUGUAGAAUAUCAGAAUCAAGCAAAGAUGCUCUUUAGAAAACUAGGUCCACAGUCCCCACCAAGAUGUACUCUUGAAACUGGGCCAUAUCUUUUUCAUUAUUUAAUUGAAAAUGAAGUGUGUUGUCUGGUCUUAUGUGAAAGAAAUUAUAGUACACGUAUAGCGUACAAUUAUUUAGAAGAUAUAGCACAGGAAUUUCAUUCCCAAUAUGGCAAACGUGUAAAUACAGUAACCAGGCCUUACAGUUUUAUUGAAUUUGACACAUAUAUUCAAAAGGCCAAGAAAACAUACUCAGAUAGUAGGUCUCGUAGAAAUUUGAACGCUUUAAAUAGUCAGUUACAAGAUGUGCAAAGGAUUAUGGUACAGAAUAUUGAUAAUGUUUUACAAAGGGGUACUGUACUCUCAGAGUUGGACACAAAAACACAAAAUCUGUCUAUGUUAUCACAGAAAUAUAAAAAAGAUGCAAGACAUUUGAACAGCAAAUCGAUGUAUAUAAAAGCUGUUGCCAUUCUUGUUGUAAUUUUGGUCCUCCUGUUAUAUUUCUUUAUUUAGUUAAAUUAUACCACACAGAGAAAAAUUCAUUAAUAUUAAAGAUAUUCCAUUUGUGCAAGGACAGACUAAAUUUCGUCAACAUCAUAAUAUAAGUUAUAAUUUUAAUCUCCAUUUAAAUUUAUAAAAAGAGAAAAUCUAAAGGAAAGUAAAAUUUACACACACAAAAUUAGCAGAAACAAGCACAUUGAUUGUACUUGCAUCAAAGAGUCUACAAAACUUUAUAAAAGUACAAUUUAUGUAAUCACAAAAUUGAAAUCCGAUGUUGUUAAAUUGUUUUGCAACAUCCAAAUGAUAAAAAAAGUCAAAUGUUUUCUAUUAUGAUGUUAAAAAAAUUUACAG